AUGGACGAACUUCUCAAUAUUCCAGCAGCAGUGAAUUUCGAUGAGUCCAUAGCUCAUUAUGAAAUUCAUGCUUAUCAACCAUAUGCAUCUUCAUCGUUUAACAAUAGUGAUGAAAUUCGAAUUGCAGUACAACAUCAGGACUUGUGCAUUUUGCCUAGUAAAAGUUCAUUACACAUUUUUGGUAGAUUAACUAAAAAUGAUGGAAUUACUCUUACACAAAACGUGCAUUUAAGUAACAAUGCUGUAUGUUUUUUGUUUGAUGAAAUUCGCUAUGAACUAAAUGGCAUUGAAAUAGAUCGCUGCAAAUACGUGGGACAUACUACAAUCAUGAAAAAUUAUACCUCACAAACACCAACUCAGUUAAAUUUUAUUAAAAAUGCUAGGUAUUCAAAAAUUGCAGCUGAUGCAAGACUUGUAUUGGAAAAUGGCUAUUUUGAUGUCACAAUACCACUCAGCAUGAUUUUUGGUUUUGCUGAAGAUUAUAAAAAUGAACGCUAA